GAUAUCCGAAUCCGAUUUAGUGUUCGUCUGCUACCUCCCCCAAAUCCUUCCACUCAAAAAUUCUUUCGCUCCAAAACCCUACAAGAUUGAAAGUGCCAUUGGGUCAUGAUCAUCUCGUCUCCACAAGAUUCAGUCACUUGGUGUAAAUCUCAGUAAGCUUUUAUCCCCCCCUUUAUUUUAUGCAAUGAUUCGUUCUCUUCAAAGAAUUUCGACCCAAAUCUUUUACACAAACAAGCAAUCAAAUCUAACCCUAACCCAUCUCAGAUUCCUCAAAACCCCAAUCUCAAGGAACCCAGAAGAACCUAAUUCCCCAGAUUUCACAGUCUCUUACCUUAUAAAUUCAUGUGGCCUCUCUCCUCAAUCAGCCCUCUCCACUUCCAAAAAAAUAAAGCUCAAAUCCCCAGAAAACCCUAACUCCAUCCUAAAUUUCCUCAAAUCUCAUGGUUUCACAAAUACCCAGAUCGCAAAUCUCAUCACCAAGUGCCCAAUACUCAUCGCAUCCAAUUGGGACAAGACCAUCAAGCCCAAAUUUUACUAUCUCCAAUCCGCUGGUUACUCAAGCUCUGAUCUUGCUAGCCUACUCUCCUCAAUCCCUCAUAUACUCACUGCAAGUUUGGAAAAUAGAUUAAAACCCAAUUUUGAGCUGCUUAAGUCCAUUAUUGGUAGCAAUAAGUUGAUAGCUUCAGCUCUUCGUCAAACAACUAGAUUGAUUCAGGGCAAUCUCGAGACAGAUUUCUUGCCCAACGUGAAGACCCUAGAAUCCUGUGGGAUCCCUAACACUAGCAUUGCUAAAUUAGUGGGUCUUCACCCUAGGGUCAUUUUGAUGCCAAAUGAAAACUUUAAAGUGACGGUGGAGUUAAUUAGGGAAAUGGGUUUCAACCCAUUAUCGACCAUGUUUGUUCACGGAGUUGCGGCGGUGUCAAGAUUCAAUCAUUCGACGUGGAAGAAGAAAUUGGGUGUUUACAAGAGUUUGGGGUGGUCACAAAAGGAGGUCAUGUCGGCGUUUGUUAGGCAACCCUUUUGUAUGUUGCUUUCGGAGAAGAAGAUUAGGAAAGCGAUGGAUUUCUAUGUGAAGGAGUUGAAGUGGGGCCCAUCGUUUUUGUCGGUUCACCCUGUGCUUUUGAAUCUCAGUUUGGAGAAGAGGGUGAUGCCUAGGUGCUCGGUUACGAGCUUGUUGGAAGCGGAGGGGUUGAUGACGAAGAGUUCAAGUGUGCACUUUUUGAUGAUAACUGAAAAGGAUUUCUUGGAUAAGUAUGUGAUCAGGUACAAGAAUCAAAUUCCUAAGUUGCUUGAUGCAUAUAGGGCUGAUUCUCAAAAGGCUUGUAGUGAAGCAAUUCUAUGAUUCGUUUGGAGGGUUUUAGGUUCCGGGAGUUAUCUUAUGGUGUGUGCUUCCUUUUGUUUCAACUUGCUGAAUGCACUAGCCAUUUCAAUGGUAUCCUCAAUUUCUUCUUGUUGUUGUAAGUUUUAGCUCAGAGAUAGAUUAGAUAUGAAGAAACUGAGUUUCCUUUUCCCCCCAGAUUGUUGAAUAAUGCAGAUUGCUUUGUCCUCUGGUACAAUGCUGUCUCUCUAUAGCUAUAUCAAGGAAUCAUAAUUCUAUUGCACAUUAUGUGUAGUUCGUGUCGAAGAGAUAUGACUUGAUGUUAAACUUUUUUUUUAUUGUUUUGCUUUUUAUA